UCCGCUAUUAAAUACAAACAAGAACCAGCGGAUACAACUUCCUGCUAGCAGUAGAAUCCAUGUAAACCUCUUGUUUAUUGUUAGGUUUUCACAUUUCUGAGUUGAUUUAAUCAUCCUUAUGUGUUGUAAACAUGCCCUUGCAAACUACAACGCUUCUUGCAGUUUUCUCUUAGUUUUGAAAGGCCGUUUAUUCCCGGAAACAACAGCAGCUUCAGGUAUUAGCUUAGCCUGUUAGCUGGAACCAAAACAGUCACACAGAGGAAGAGAGAGCCGCUUUGGAGGACAGACUGGAAAUCUGGUGGAGUUAACGGGGAGAAAGGUUUCUGCCGUGUUGGUGUGAAAACAUCAGAAAACAAAGAUGGAGGAACGGACACGCGGAGAGCAGACGGACCCUCGGUUUCAAGACAUCCAGCAACUGAUGCUGACAAAAGAGGAACUUCCUGCUGAGGAGGAGAACUGGACUCCCUCACCAGACCAGAACCAGAACAGCCCUGAAAUUAAAGAGGAACAGGAAGAGACGAAGAUUCUAGAGUUCAUAUUCGACCCUGUCUUUGUGAAGAGCGAGAAUGAGGAGGAGAAACCUCAUCUCUCAGAGCUUCCUGACUGUCACACUGAGGAAAUCAGAAACUCGCCAGAACCAGACGAAUGUUUAGAAUCAGAUGAUAAAGACAAAACUUCAGGUUCUUCAGAAACAGAUGUCAGUGAUGGAAACUGGGAGGAGAGCGAUAGAGCUAAGCCAGGAUUGGACCCUGUUAUAAAUAUAUUAUCUGUCACUGAUAUUGUGUAUGACACAGGUAAGAAGCUACACAGCUGCACUGAAUGCGGUAAAACUUUUAACCAAAAGUCAGAUGUUUUGAGGCACAGCAGAAUUCACACAGGAGAAAAACCUUUCAUUUGCUCCAUCUGCAAUGCAACUUUUUCUUGGAAGCACGUCUUGGCCCAACACAUGAGAACGCACAGUGGAGAAAAACCCUUCAGCUGCUCCAUCUGUGGUCAGCGGUUUGGAAGGAAGAUACAUGUCACAUCUCAUAUGAGAAGUCAUACUACAGAGAAACCUUUCACCUGCUCCAUUUGUGGACAAAAGUUCAGCCGGAGAGAAAGUGUGACGCGGCACAUGAGACGUCACACUGAAGAAAAACCUUUCAGCUGCUCUGUUUGUGGGCAAGAGUUUGGCAGGAAGGAAAGUCUGACCUAUCACAUGACUCAUCACACUGAAGAAAAACCGUACAGCUGCUCCGUCUGUAACAAAGCUUUUACUUUGAAAAUAACUUUAAUGGAGCACACGAGAAUCCAUUCAGAGGAAAGACGAUUCAACUGUUCAGUCUGUGGUGCAGCUUUUAAAAGAAAAUAUACUUUAGCAGAACACACAAAAAUCCACACUGGAGAGAGACCUUACAGUUGCUCUGUUUGUGGACAAAGUUUUGUUCAACUUAUCAGUCUAACUCGUCAUAUGAGGGGUCACACGGGAGAAAAACCUUACUGCUGCUCCACCUGCAACAAGACGUUCAAAUGGAAACAGACUUUUCUGACACACAUAAAAAUACACUGUGGUGAAUAAUUUUCAUCCUGUGAACAGACUCUAAAUAUCCACGAAGGUUAGACAAAGUCUGGUCAUGUUUUCUGUGGCAGAUGAACUCACGUUGAAUCUGCCGUGUUUAAUAUUGAAAUACCACAGAAAAAAUCAUGUCAUUUAUAUCAAAAGAACAGACAAAAAAUAAACUAAUUAAAACUUU